CUGCUCACAUCCGGUCGUAUAUAUGUUGCCACGAGUUAGCGGCGAAUUUGGAGAGUGUCCAUUUUGAGCAGCGAGUCGGCGUCUCCGGUAUUUCUUUCCCCUUUAAAACUUUCGAAUAACCCACCGUCGCAGAAUGGCAGACGCUGAGCAUCUCCUCAUGGAAACAUCGGACCAGAACGGCAAUGAGGGCGAGGAGGACCAGAAUGGAGCCGAGCAGGAGCUGAUGGGAGGAGACGAGGAGCUCCUGGAGAGCCACGACGGCCAGGAAGAGGAGCAGGCAGAGACAGAGGCCCAGGAGCCAAUAGAUGCCAUAGAUGGCGUAGAAGCAGUAGAGGGUAUAGAAGCGGUAGAGGGCGUAGAAGGUGUAGAAGGAGUAGAGGGCCAAGACAAUGGCGCAGACGGAGGCAAAAUUGAUGCCAGCAAAGGAGAGGAGGAUGCUGGUAAAAUGUUCGUGGGUGGCCUCAGUUGGGACACGAGUAAAAAGGACCUGAAGGAUUACUUCACAAAGUUCGGCGAGGUGUCGGACUGCACCAUCAAGAUGGACUCCAACACCGGCCGGUCCCGAGGCUUCGGCUUCGUUCUCUUCAAAGAAGCCGCCAGCGUGGAAAAGGUCCUGGAGCAGAAGGAACACAGACUGGACGGCCGUCCAAUCGACCCCAAGAAGGCGAUGGCCAUGAAGAAGGAGCCCGCCAAGAAGAUCUUUGUCGGGGGUUUGAACCCCGAGGCAACAGAGGAUGCUAUCAGGGAAUAUUUCGGAACCUUCGGAGAGAUUGAAACCAUUGAGCUUCCCAUCGACCCCAAAUCGAAGAAAAGGAGGGGCUUCAUCUUCAUCACGUACAAAGAGGAAAUCAGUGUCAAGAAGUGUCUGGAGAAGAAAUACCACACCAUCCAGGGCGGCAGGUGUGAGCUGAAAAUUGCCCAGCCAAAGGAGGUGUACCAGCAGCAGCAGUAUGGGGGGGGUCGUGGUGGAGGUUAUGGAGGCGGUCAGGGAAGAGGCAGGGGCCGUGGAGACUCUGUGUCAGGUCAGGGCCAGAACUGGAACCAGGGCUAUGGCAACUACUGGAACCAGGGAUACGGUAACCAGGGCUACGGCGGUUAUGGCGGCGGCUAUGGCAACUACGACUAUUCUUCCGGUUAUGCAUAUGGCCCCGGAUAUGACUACACAGCCGACCAGGGCAACGGCAGCUACGGAAAGACUCCCAGACGGGGGGCACACCAGGCCGGCUACAAGCCAUACUGAUGAUCACAGUGGUGCAACGACUCCAGUGAGACCGACGGCUGGAUGGACACACUGGGCAUGACUCGACCUCUUUUAUGACAGAAGACCAUUUGUACAGAAAAACAACUGAAAUGUAACUUUUUUUUGUUUCUUUUUUUUUUUAAUCUUUUCAUUUUUAGGUUUUACUUUUCCCUUUGGUGUUUCGUUUUUUUUUUGUUUCUUCUUCCCCCUUCCACAUUUCCAUCAAUGGAAGUGUAAUUUUUACUGUACUUUUUGGUACCUGUUUUGAUUCUAAUGUAUUGUAAGGCUUGUAUUUUACAUGUAUGCUGGCUUUACAGGUUGAAAGAUCUCGGCGCUGUAAAGGAGCUUUUUUGACAAAUAAAACCGUUUUCAGUAAUUUUUUUUAAUUUUUUUUGGUUCUUAUGCUUCCAGGUUUUGGGGUGGAAGAGUAAGACGCUGAACGGGUUUGGGAUUCAAAUUCAAUUACCAUCAUUGAUUUCUGUCUUUUUCCCCUUUAUGUGGAACCAUUUUAACUCUAGCUAUAAUUUGACUUUUCUUCCUCGGAAAAAUUCACCAUGAAAUACAGAUGUUGAGUGGAGGGGGGGGGGGGGGGGUGAAUUAAAUCUACAUACCCUUUUACAUAACAAGCCACUUGUUUAAGUUUCUAUGCUGGUUUAGUUUGUUUGUCAAGUGUCACUGGUUUUUAGAAAUAACCGCUUUGAAGUUAAAUGUCUGCUUAGUUUUUUUUGUUUUUUUCUGGAGGCCAUUGGAGUCUCCUCAGCUAGUGUCUCUGGCAAUUUAUUAGUAAUAAACAUCCUCGUUUGUAAA